CCUCUGUGAAUAUCCAAAUAGAUAUCGCUCAAGCGCCCUUCUCUUGACUAUACCCGUCAAUUAAUCAUGGCAUCAUCGUUCUUAGCCUGUUCCCCAACAGAAAACCCUUACCGCCUCAACGCGGGGGAGUACGAGUCACGGCUCCACAACAACGCCAAUCUAUUGUUUUCCGCUACGGAUUCAACUACGAAGGUCAUACACUGUCACGAAGAUCACACGAGGGAUUUGACAUCACUAUCGAAGAUUGAGGAAUACUUCCAGACCUACCCAAAUUUCUCUGGAACACGAAUCAUAAUGAUCUACCAAAGAAAUUCAUGGGGCAGGCUCAUGAUAUCCGAAGAUGAGUUUUCCAGGCUCCUGGGCGGGCUGGGCGUCUUCGGCGAGUUUGCGGAGCUAGUUCAAGCGUUCGGCACCAAAACCUCAGCCGUCGAUGAAACAUUCGCCAGCCGUCCGAUCUUUCAAGGAGACACAUCGGGAUCAUUUCGCCUCAGCUACCUGAUCAAACACGUGGAAGCGAACAAAAAGGAGCAGACAGUCGACCCAUACUCUGUACGGCAGAUGGCCGUAUACCAUGGCUACGAUGCACCAAACGAGGGGCACACAUUUGUCCUCGUGAAUCCGUCCAUCACGUUCCAGAAGCACUGGAAACAAGCAAAAGAGAAGUCGGAUCCCCGGCGGGGGAUGGGCUGGAUGGAUCUCCAUGUUGCUGUGGCGUACGCGAUGACCUGUGGAUGGCGGAAAUAUGUCAACUACCUUGAGUCCGAGUUCGAUAGGACUCAAACAAAGUCGUUCGGCGACGCGAACUUCCAUUUCUCACAGGCGCGGAUGAUAACGGGUCUCAGUCAAAAAAGGUCGCCACAGAAACCCGUUGCUGCUCUAGACCGGGUGGCAGUGUCCACCACCGAACUCACGAAUAUCCGCGAAUACGUUACCUUCGAAGACAUCCAAAGCUUGCAGAUCUUGAAGGAUCGGGUCCUGCUGCUCGAACACGUUCUCCUCCUGAACCUGGGAGUGUUCGAGGCGCUGAAGGAGCGGCUGGUCACGCUGGAAGCGGCGGGGUUGGCACUUACGGGGUGCGCCGGGAAACCGCAGGAUGAGGUGGCGAAUAUCUUCUCACGAUACCUAUCGGACACGGUGGUGGCGGGCCACCGCGUCGACCAUUUACUCAAACGCAUCGAGGGUGCAUCUAACUUGUUGCGCACUAUACUCGACUUCAGAGCUCUGGAGACUGCACGCUACGACAAUGAAAUCAUGCUAGACCUCUCCAAGAAAGCACACCAAGACGGUAGGACGCUGAAGACCAUCACGCUCUUGACACUUGUGUACCUACCGGCGACAUUCGUCGCGACACUACUUUCCAUGGGCUACAUAAGGUUCACGUCUAAAAACGGACACAUUGUUCUCGAACUUUCAAGCGAGCUGUGGAUUUUCACGCUCUUGACAGCAGUGUUGUUGGCGAUUACCAUGGGGUAUCGGAAGUACUGGGAGUGUCGGCAGCGAUCCAAGGCACGGAAGCAAGAGGAGGAAAGAGGGAUGUGUGAUCUUGCAUAG